AUGGACUCGGACAUUGAUCAUUUUCAACGCGCCGUCACGGCCGACCGAGAGACGGUGCUUGCCUUUUUACGCGACAUUCCUCCCCCAACGGAGCCUGUCCACGAUUACAUCACCGACAUCGACGAGCGCUGUACUCUUUCCAGCGAGAUACGGCAGCUACACGAGGACCUCGGCCUGCCAGAGCCGAAUGCGGCGACAUUGGCUUUCUUCAUGGUUGCGCCCACCUCGCAGAUCCGAGAACAUCUGGCGAUUCUCCGAAAUACCCCGCCGGAGUUCAUGGCAACCCAUGUUAUUGCUUUCGACCUCCAGGCCGCUAGCACAAUAUACGUUCCUACGAAUCGUUCCUCGCCUCCUGAAUCAUCGACGCUUUUGGCACCGCCGACUAUGAUGCUAGGAAACCAACACGAAGUAUCAAGGAAGAGGGCGGCCGAGGCUCGGGAUGGACAUGCUUGUCUCCUCUCUGGGAUGGGCGACCCUGAAGCGGCCCACAUCUUCCCAUUUUCUCUAAGCAAGAAGAGAUUCGGGCAACUCCAUACACUACUGCAGGCCUUCUGGGGGGUAGAGAAGGCUGCGACCUGGGCCAAACUUUACCAGGAUCCUGCGAUGACUCAGUCUAUCGCUAAUUACCUCUCCCUUAGCCGCCACCUCCAUCAUUGGUUCGACGACGCGAGGCUCGCACUCAAGCCCCUAUCCCAAACGUCAACUACGAUCAAAGUCCAGUUCCACUGGCUGCGGGUAGCCACGCUUGAGCCAACGAUCCAAAUAGACGCCAGCGAGGAGACGCUUGCGGACUGGGCUGGCUUGAGGGAAACGUUGCAAGACCGGCCGUCGAUAAGACAACAGUCAGAGGCAAAGACCAAGACUGAGCAUCGCGAGGCCCCCUCACCGCCCGAGUUGCUUACCAAGGAGCGGACACUGCCAUCCCGAAUCCCCGACGCUGGUGGAUCUAGCAACGACUAG